CGAGCGGCAGUCGCCCGUCAUCGAACGUGGCGGGACCCGAAAUGAAUCCGUGAAGUAAACAAGUGUGCGCGUGCUGUUCGCAGAGAAAUGAAAUAAGUCGCAAGUUGAACAUGAGCAGGUUGCGUUCGGCGAUGCUUAAAGGAAAGAGAGCCGGACUGGAGAUGGCGGAGGCGGCCAAACCUGCGCGGAAGAGGGCAAAGAAAGCCGUGAAAGAAGAAGGAACCGGGGACUCCCCGUCUCCAGCGUCCACGUACCACAGCUUCCAUGACCCCGCUGACGUGGUGCUGCUGCGCUCUCGGCUCCUCCACUGGUACCACAGGGAGAAGAGGGAGCUGCCAUGGAGGACUCUGGCGGUGACAGAGUCCGACCUCAACAUCAGGACAUAUGCCGUCUGGGUUUCAGAAAUCAUGCUGCAACAGACCCAAGUUGCCACAGUAAUAGACUAUUACAACAAAUGGAUGAAGCGGUGGCCCACGGUGCAGGAUCUCGCUGCUGCUACGCUAGAGGAAGUGAACCAGAUGUGGGCGGGUCUGGGCUACUACUCCAGAGGGAAAAGACUGCAUGAAGGGGCUCAAAAGGUGGUGUCGGAGCUUAAGGGGCAGAUGCCUCACACAGUGGACAGCCUGCUGAAACAGCUGCCCGGGGUGGGACGCUACACAGCUGCAGCUGUGGGCUCUAUUGCUCUCGGUCAGGUUACUGGAGCGGUGGAUGGCAAUGUGAUUCGGGUGCUGUGUCGCCUGAGGGCCAUCGGCGCUGACAGCACGAGUCCUGCAGUGACGGAGGCUCUUUGGAGUCAAGCCAAUAUACUUGUGGACCCUGAGGGACCCGGGGACUUUAACCAAGCCAUGAUGGAGCUGGGAGCUCGAGUCUGUACCCCUAAAGGACCUCUGUGCAGCCAGUGUCCCGUACAGUCUCACUGCCACUCUUUUCGCAAGGUUCAUGUUAAACAAGAGAAAACCUCCAGGAAGCUCUUGGGGAAGCUGAACAGGAAGCUGUCCACCCUGCCCGACAUAGAAGACUGUGCGAACAGCGAGACGUGUCCGCUGUGUCCCUCGCAGCCCUGGGACGACGAGUUGGGCGUUCAGAACUUCCCCAGAAAGCCGGCGAAGAAGCCGCCUCGCGUGGAGCGAACUCUGACCUGCGUGGUGAUCAGACCUGGAGUGGAGGGAGAGGACGAGUACCUGCUCACACAGAGGCCAAACAAAGGGUUGCUGGCCGGCUUGUGGGAGUUUCCGAGUCUUCUGCAGGAGAAGAAGAGCUCCGAGAUGAAAGAGAAGAGGGCUCUGUGUACGCAGAUCAGCGGGUUACUGGGAACCCAUCUGACAGAAAGCCUCUUCCAGUAUGUGGGGGAGGUGGUUCACAUCUUCUCCCACAUCCACCAGACGUACGUGGUUCAGAGUGUGCGUUUGAAGGCCGCCGACGCACAAACGCAGGCUGAAAAUGCGCAGUGGCUCACCGGGUCGGCUCUUCAGGAAGCCGCUGUGUCCACGGGAGUGAAAAAGAUCGUGAAGCUUUGUGACUCGGUUGACAGUCAAAAAGAGCAAACCUCCAAGAUGGCUUCUGCGUGGCAAAGCGUCCUAUCUGUGCACCAGAGGAUAGUGGACAAUGGAGACAAAAGGGCGGACCAGUGGCCACUGGUCUACUCCCCCGUGUCGGUCUCGCUCAUCUUCCUGGUGUACCUCUGUGUGGUCUGGGCCGGCCCUCGUCUGAUGAAACACAGGGAACCCUUUGACCUCAAAAUCUUCCUCAUUGUUUACAACUUCGCCAUGGUCGGCCUGUCGGCCUACAUGUUCUAUGAGUUCGUGGUCACAUCCUGGCUCUCGAGCUACAGCUUCCUCUGUCAGCCUGUAGACUACAGCAACAGCCCCCUGGCAGUGAGGAUGGCCAAAGCCUGCUGGUGGUUCUUCUUCUCCAAGGUCAUAGAGCUCACGGACACGGUGUUCUUCAUCCUGAGGAAGAAGAACAGCCAGGUGACUUUCCUUCACAUUUACCACCACGGCACCAUGAUCUUCAACUGGUGGGUGGGCAUCAAGUAUGUUGCCGGCGGGCAGUCGUUUUUCAUCGGCAUGGUGAACACCUGUGUUCACAUCGUGAUGUAUUCUUACUACGGCCUGGCCGCGCUCGGCCCUCACAUGCAGAAGUACCUGUGGUGGAAGAGAUACCUCACCUCUCUGCAGCUGGUGCAGUUCCUGCUGUUCCUCCUGCACUCCGGCUACAACCUGUUCACAGACUGCGACUUCCCCGACUCCAUGAACGCGGUGGUGUUUGGUUACUGCGUCACGCUCGUCAUCCUCUUCAGUAACUUCUAUUAUCAGAGCUACCUCAACAAGAAGAAGCAGAAAUAAGAUGCAGCGGGUGGAAAAAAGCAGAUUCUUACCGGCACAAAGAAUAGCAAGAAACAACAGG